CCACAUGGCGUGUAAGGGAUGUUCCCUUGAGCAACAUGGGGGCACCUGAGGCUUUAGCGUAACCGUUGGUUGGCGCAUGCGCGUCGCAGAGCUCCGGAAUCUGCCGAUAACACUUUCAUGCGUCUCCGGAGUAAGCCGAACCCACCGACCCCGGAAGUAGCAGCUGGGGCAGUCUGAGUGGCAGCGGUGGCCGGCAGCAUCCGAGGGGACAAUGGAGCCGGGCGGCAGCUAGGUCUCUCCGGACAUGAUUAAUUGGAUCUCAGGACACCAGAACCGGUCUACAAUGUCCGAAUAACAUCUAUGACAGCUGUGAGGACGACCUGUCAGACAUGCAGUCCUCAGGACACCGCUUCCGUGACGUGGAGCACCAUCCUCUUCUUAACGAAAGUGAUGGCUAUAACGCCUCGCCAUCAGAGGGCGAGCUAGCGGACAAGCUGUGGUUCAUACGUGACGGCUGCGGCAUGGUCUGUGCCGUGAUCACGUGGAUGCUGGUCUUUUAUGCAGACUUUGUGGUGACUUUUGUUAUGUUGCUGCCCUCCAGAGACUUUUGGUAUUCUGUGAUUAACGGGACACUCUUCAACUGCUUUGCGGUGUUGGCGCUGACCUCUCACCUAAGGACAAUGCUGACCGACCCGGGGGCAGUGCCCAAAGGAAACGCCACUAAGGAGUAUAUGGAGAGUUUACAGCUGAAGCCCGGAGAAGUGAUUUAUAAAUGUCCAAAAUGUUGCAGUAUCAAACCGGAGCGCGCUCACCACUGCAGUAUUUGCAAGCGAUGCAUCCGGAAGAUGGAUCACCACUGCCCGUGGGUGAAUAACUGCGUGGGGGAAAAGAACCAGAGGUUCUUCGUGCUGUUCACUAUGUACAUAGCUCUGAUCUCCCUCCAUGCUCUUAUCCUUUGCGGCCUGCAGCUUUUCAUCUGUGUCAGGGGACAGUGGAUGGAGUGCAGCAGCUUCUCCCCUCCGGUCACUGUAAUCCUCAUGAUCUUCCUCUGCCUGGAGGGCCUCCUCUUCCUCACAUUCACCGCUGUUAUGUUUGGUACCCAAAUUCACUCAAUAUGCAAUGACGAAACGGAGAUUGAGCGACUGAAGAGCGAGAAGCCGACGUGGGAGCGAAGACUGAGGUGGGACGGCAUGAGGUCUGUGUUUGGGGGAACACCCUCCUUCCUGUGGAUUAACCCCUUCGCGGGCUUACAAGUCAGACGUUUCCUGCGGGCGCGCAAAGGGGGCACAGAGUUCUCCGUCUGAGGAUCAUCCCUAUUCAUGACCUAUUUAUUUGCUGCACAUGGAGAGGCCUCGCUGCCAGUGAUCAUACAACUGCCAAAGGAAGAGACUAUUACAUAUACACACACACACACACAAAAAAAUCAUUGUGUUUUUUUUAAGUCGCACUUUUUUGGCAUCAAGCAGACGAGCGCAAGAACGGCGUCACAUGGAACGGAUGAUGGCUGAUUCUCGAAGGUUGUAAUUUAUUCCGAUUGCAUCUAAAUUUCUAUCUGUUUGUUUUAAUUAAUUAACUUAUAAUGGCAUAUCAUUUUUUAUUAUAACGACAAGCUGGAUAAGACUUGUGAGUUCUACGGAAUGUUUCGUUGCUGCGCAGAAGAUCAAUGGAAACUUUUUAAUUAGUGUUGAUGGGACUUCAAAACUGUUGCGGUGGGAAGAGCAUACUGCGCCCUAACACACGUCACGAGGUGUCGGCAUGCGGAUCCUCGUGCUGGACUUUGGUGUAUGCAUGUUGGUAUCAUUGCCCUCAAAUUACCCGCGUCACUAAAUGAUUUACCUUCACUUCUUCAUCUUCACUGCCCUAUCCUCCUCCUUCUUCCGCUACAUCCCUCCAUUGUUUGUUUUCCUUACUAUCUUCUCUUCUCCAUUCCACCUCCAGCCUCCCCUCGUUUAUCCUCUUCUGUCCGUGACCUUUGGUAGCUUGGUACAUAGAAAAAGAAGAGUGUUGCCCCCGGGCACUUGCAGUACAAUUUUUUUUUUUUUUUUUGGCUGGUUGCUGGAAGUAACAUGUUCAUGUUUUAUUUGUUUCUUGUGAAUGAUAAUGUUAAAAUACAGAAUUUCUAUGGGCUCGCUCUCUACUGCUUUACCCCCCAACAUCUGAGCCUGCUGUUCAGUGGCACCCAGUUACAUACCUGUCCCAGUUUCCCAUGUUCUAGUGAGAACUAUUGGACAGGUCCAUACGUCAUGGCGGGGAGGGCAGAAUGCUAUUCUUCUAUAUCACUGCUGGCUUGGCGUGUACCAUGUUUUGCAUGGCGGCUGUAGGGUUAGGAGUGAUUGUGACCAAUCUCUUGCUGAUAAACGCUCUGCAGUUCAAAUUUUCCUCUAAGUCUGAUCUGGCGCAGUUGCGGAUCUCUUUCGCACUGAUUUGUGGAAUAAAGUAUUGAUUUAAUCGGACUUUCUCUGGGCUCUGCAGUUCUAGUACGUUGGGUUCUGCUUGUUUUCAUCUGGCGUUAUUGCUAAGUAUCGUAUCUCUCUCUGCUUUGUGUUUAGCCAGAGAAGUGUCCGUUAGUAACGGGGCACUACAUCCUUGGCUAUUCCUAUAAAUCUAUCGCUCUUGCUAGAAAAUCCCUAUAGUAAAUAGGUUGCAUCAGACUUCUAGGUCACAGGUUCUCAAACUCGGUCCUCAGGACCCCACACGGUUCAUGUUUUGUAGGUCACCUGUAGAUUUUUAAAAUGUGACAGUUGGUGAUACACAGUGCAGCUGCUGGGUGACAUGGAAGACGUGAACCGUGUGGGGUCCUGAGGACCGAGUUUGAGAACCACUCUUCUAGGUGAAAUGCCGUUUUGUCUAAUCCUAAUGGGCCCUACAACCUUGCCGACGUUUCCGAUUUGGACGACAGUCGAUUUCAACAAUUAACGACCAUCGUCCAAAUUGGCUUGCUAUGCAGAACGAGGGAAAACCAACGAUGAACGACCGCUGGGACGUGCAUCGUUCAUUGUUGGUGCCUACACACUGAGCGAUACGAACGAUUUAUCGCUCAUUACUGAACGAGAUCGUUCAUAUCGGCCGCACACAUCGGCAAGUGUGUAGGGCCCAUACGUGUGAUUGUAGCCCUCAGUCAGCCCCAGGCGUAAAGAAUAAUUUCACCUAGAUCUAUUACAAAGUUAUUUAUUCACAGUUACCCCUGAUAUGGCAUUUCCCCCAUAGGCUUCAGCAGUCCGGCACAUAGAAACAUAGAAUGUGACCGCAGAUGAGAACCACUUGGCCCAUCUAGUCUGCUCCUUUUUAACCAUAUUGUUACCUCAAACCCGAUUUGAUCCUUAUUUCUUUGGAAGUAUAUCCUUAUGUCUAUCCCAUCAAGCAUGUUUAAAUUGCUCUAUUAUCUUAGCCUCUACCACCUCUGAUGGGAGGCUAUUCCACUUGUCCACUACCCUUUCUGUGAAGUAAUUUUUCCUCAAGUUGCCCCUGAACCUUCCUCUCUCCAGUCUCCGCACAUGUCCCUGUGUUCUAAUACGUCUCUUCCUCUGAAGAAUGUCUCCCUCCUUGCCCUGGCCACUUUCUGAGACUUUGGGGGGGAACAUUUACUAAGCAGUGAUAAGAGCGGAGAAGUUAGCCAGUGGAGAUGUGCCUAUGGCAACCAAUCAGCACUGAAGUAACAUCUAUAAUUUGCAUACUAUAAAAUGAUACAGAGCUGCUGAUUAGUUGAUGGGGCAGCUUCUCCACUGGCUCACUUCUCCACUCUUACCACUGCUUAGUAAAUGUCCCCCUAAGGCACAGCAGUGUUGUAGAUGCCUCUGGUGUGGUCUCAUGAACGGGUAAUGCACAGGGCAGGUGCAUUGACAACCAGCAAGGUACAGUGCUAGUAUACAUCGGAGCUUUUGAGGGACGGGGUGCCAAAUGAGAUCAUGCUGGGCCACAGGAAAAUAAAUGUUUCUGUUUUGGGUGUAAUUAUUCUUUAAAGUAGUGAUUAUACAGUCUGUACAAAGCAGCGCGUUGUCAUAGUGACCACGAAGUAAAAGCGUCCACGGUUUUACAGCACAAAACACCUCUAAAGGUAUAAUCCCUGUCAAUUGUUAUAUAUGUGAAAUGGUGUUGGUGGUCUAUAGCUUUCUGUGAUAUUUGUGAUGCCACUACAAUCUAGACUGGGGGAAGAGUUUUGCCCUAGGCACACCAAACGGCCAGACUAUAACACUAACCACACAGAUGUCCGAUACCUGUUCUCACAGAUAUUUCCAGCUGGUGGUCUGAGUGUAUUGGUUUCUAGUGAGGCAUCAGCUGUGUGCAGGUAUCACGUCCUUCUGUACCAGAGCGAUGUACAGUCCUUGUCUGGGAGGAAAGGUCAGUUCCCCUAAUGCAGGGGUGGGCAAUAAGCAGCCCCCCAGCUGCUGUGGGACUACGCGUGCUCGGAUGUGUAGUCCAUUAGCCGCUUAUUGCCAGCCCCUGCUUACUCUCACAGCAUCUCGUUAUUAGCAUUGCUGGGCAAGGUGGUCAGUACCACGCACAGUAUCUGUGUCUCACCGCAGAGCUAACAUCAGGCUGGCAUGGGUGGCUGGGACUUGUAGUGCCACAACUGCUGGUGUGUUGUAUCGGACACCAUACAUUCCCGAGCUAGACGUUCCCAGCUAUAGUCCUUCUCAUUGCUGCAGGUCUGGAGGAAGCAGUGUGUUAUUGAUCGGACUUUCUCAUCAUUGUGCUUGUUACUGUAAGAACCCAGACUAACCCCCCCCCCCCCCCCCUCUUAGUCACCACUAUGUCUGGGACGUUAGAUUAAUCCCAUGGUAAUAUAGGGGCAUUGCCUGACACUGUUGCAGUACAGAAUGUGGAUUGGGGUGAUGCUCUGAUUCAGUCACAGGUCCUCUUUGUUCUGAGGUGUGAUUGACUUCUGACCUUCAGGCAGUAGGUUAUCUAUAACGGGUGGAUGGGUCACGGGAAGGACCUGUGCCACACACACAGCUCCCAGGACAGACGCUCCCUCAGUUCUCAUGUGGUUCCCCAUUAUUCCUGAAGCCAGCGACACCAUCUGUCCAGCACAAGACAUAGCAAAGGCUUUGGCACCAUGCCAGUCUUUGCUGCUAUCUGCGCAUCACCAGCCACAGGUAUGAAAGGGAUGGCGGGGGAUAUGCUGUAUAUGGGCAUAACUAUGUCUUUGAAUACCCGUAGCGGCAGAGUAUGGUAGAUCAAAUUUAACUUGAAAUUGGAAAUUAAUACGAAAGUUAAAGUAGGUUACACCCUCAGAUGACAAUGUUUUAGCUAGUGUACGCCUUCCUACAGCUUUAUUACAUGUAUUGGGGUUGUCUCUUUAUCAUCUGUGCUCUUCAGACUUGUCUUUCUAUCAUCAGAGAGCUGAUCAUUUUGCAGAGAUAGGGGGCUCUGUCGUGCAAUGGUAACAUUUAUGUCAAGAGAGCAAGAAGGGAGACAGAAAUAAUCCCUGGAGUAUGGAAGGAAGCAAUGUACUAAGUGAUUGUCUAAUAAGGGUGAUAAAGUGAUCUGAAGGUGGAAACCCCUUUACUAUAGCAGUAACCAGAGCUGGCCUUAGGCAUAGGCAAACUAGGCAAAUGCCUAGGGCAUUUGGUAUGCUUAGGGGCACCAGCAGCUUCUGCUGAUUAAAAUGAUAUGUGGCAUGCCUAUAUUCUGUGUGUGACUGCGGAUGUAUCU